GGCAGCGUGCCCCGCGGUGGGCGCGCCCGGUGCCCGCGACCGGCCGCUGAGCCGGAGGGGGCCCAGGAGGCCCUGGUGGGAGCGCCCGCGCGCCGCGCUGCCCGCUGAGGUCAUGCUGCGCCCCGGGCGCCCCGCGGGCGCCCGCCUGCUCCUGCCGCCGCCGCUGCUGCUGCUGCUGCUGCUGCUCCCCGGCGGCCACGCGGGAAACCUGACGGUGGCCGUGGUGCUGCCGCUGGCCAACACCUCGUACCCGUGGUCGUGGGCGCGCGUGGGGCCGGCCGUGGAGCUGGCCCUGGCCCGGGUGAGGGCGCGGCCCGACUGGCUGCCCGGCUGGACGGUGCGCACGGUGCUGGGCAGCAGCGAGAACGCGCUGGGCGUCUGCUCCGACACCGCCGCGCCGCUGGCCGCCGUGGACCUCAAGUGGGAGCACAGCCCCGCGGUGUUCCUGGGCCCCGGCUGCGUGUACGCCGCGGCCCCGGUGGGGCGCUUCACGGCGCACUGGCGGGUGCCGCUGCUGACGGCCGGCGCGCCGGCGCUGGGCUUCGGGGCCAAGGACGAGUACGCGCUGACCACCCGCGCGGGGCCCAGCCACGCCAAGCUGGGCGACUUCGUGGCGGCGCUGCACCGACGGCUGGGCUGGGGGCGCCAGGCGCUGGUGCUCUACGCCUACCGGCCCGGCGACGACCAGCCCUGCUUCUUCGUGGUCGAGGGGCUGUACGUGCGCCUGCGCGAGCGCCUCGACAUCAAGGUGGACCACCUGGAGUUCGCCGAGGGCGACCUCCACCACUACUCCCUGCUGCUGCGGACCGUGAGGCGCAAAGGCCGAGUUAUCUACAUAUGCAGCUCCCCGGACGCCUUCAGAACCCUGAUGCUGUUGGCCCUGGAAGCGGGCCUGGGGGGCGAGGAGUAUGUGUUCUUCCACCUGGACCUGUUCGGACUCAGCCUGCGCGGUGCCCGCGGCCGCGCGCCCCCCAGGCCCUGGGAGAGAGGGGACGGGCAGGACGCGCGCGCCCGCCGCGCCUUCCAGGCCGCCAAAAUCAUUACGUAUAAAGAGCCGGACAAUCCCGAGUACUUGGAAUUCCUGCAGCAGCUAAAGCACUUGGCCCAGGAGCAGUUCAACUUCACCCUGGAGGACGGCCUGGUGAACACCAUCCCAGCAUCCUUCCACGAUGGGCUUCUGCUCUACGUCCAGGCGGUGACGGAGACUCUGGCACGUGGGGGAACUUUCACUGAUGGCGAGGCUGUCACUCAGCGGAUGUGGAACCGAAGCUUCCAAGGGGUGACAGGCUACUGGAAGAUGGAUGGCAAUGGCGAUCGGGAGACAGACUUCUCUCUCUGGGAUAUGCAUCCUGAGACUGGCACUUUCCAGGUGGUUCUGAACUACAACGGGACCUCUCGAGAGCUGGUGGCCGUGCCAGGGCACGAACUGAACUGGCCCCUGGGCCACCCACCUCCUGAUAUCCCCAAGUGUGGCUUUGACAACGAGGACCCAGCGUGCAACCAAGACCACUUUUCCACCCUGGAAGUGCUGGCUUUGGUGGGCAGCCUCUCCCUGCUCAGCAUCCUGACCAUCUCCUUCUUCAUAUACAGGAAGAUGCAGCUGGAGAAGGAACUGGCCUCAGAGCUGUGGCGGGUCCGCUGGGAGGAUGUGCAGCCCAGCAGCCUGGACAGGCACCUCCGGAGCGCAGGCAGCCGGCUGACCCUCAGCGGGAGAGGCUCCAAUUACGGCUCCCUGCUGACCACAGAGGGCCAGUUCCAGGUGUUUGCCAAGACGGCGUACUAUAAGGGCAACCUCGUGGCUGUGAAGCGUGUGAAUCGUAAGCGCAUCGAGCUGACUCGAAAAGUGCUGUUUGAACUGAAGCAUAUGCGGGACGUGCAGAACGAACACCUGACCAGGUUUGUGGGUGCCUGCACUGACCCCCCCAACAUCUGUAUCCUCACAGAGUACUGUCCCCGUGGGAGCUUGCAGGUGAGGGGACCCGCGGGGUCAGGGGACAUGGGCCUCGCCCUGGUUCUGUUGCCUACUGCCAUAUGGCCCCCGGCAAACUCCUUUCUGACUUUAUCUGCCCCGUCUGUAAAGGGGGGCACGAGAGCAAAUCCAAGUUUUUGUCUUUUUGUGCCGGUUUGUGUGACUCGGCCCCUGCAUACCUCCUGGGGUCUGCUGGGUGCCUGUCUGACUCUUGUCGCCCAGCAGGACAUUCUGGAGAACGAGAGCAUCACCUUGGACUGGAUGUUCCGGUACUCUCUUACCAAUGACAUCGUCAAGGGCAUGCUGUUCCUGCACAACGGGGCCAUUUGCUCUCACGGCAACCUCAAGUCCUCCAACUGUGUGGUGGACGGGCGCUUCGUGCUCAAGAUCACCGACUUUGGGCUGGAGAGCUUCAGGGACCCAGAACCAGAGCAAGGCCACAUCCUCUAUGCCAAAAAGCUGUGGACGGCCCCGGAGCUCCUGCGAAUGGCCUCGCCGCCUGCCCGGGGCUCCCAGGCGGGUGAUGUGUACAGCUUUGGGAUCAUCCUUCAAGAGAUUGCCCUGAGGAGCGGGGUAUUCCACGUGGAGGGUUUAGACCUCAGCCCCAAAGAGAUCGUGGAGCGUGUGAGUCGGGGCGAGCAGCCCCCCUUCCGGCCCUCCCUGGCCCUGCAGAGUCACCUGGAGGGGCUGGGCCAGCUGAUGCAGCGGUGCUGGGCCGAGGAGCCCCAGGAGCGGCCGCCCUUCCAGCAGAUUCGCCUGAUGCUGCGCAAGUUCAACAGGGAGCACAGCAGCAACAUCCUGGACAACCUGCUGUCCCGCAUGGAGCAGUACGCCAACAACCUGGAGGGGCUGGUGGAGGACAGGACCCAGGCCUACCUGGAGGAGAAGCGCAAGGCCGAGGCCCUGCUCUGCCAGAUCCUGCCCCACUCAGUGGCCGAGCAGCUCAAGCGGGGGGAGACGGUCCAGGCUGAGGCCUUUGACAGUGUCACCAUCUACUUCAGCGACAUCGUGGGCUUCACGGCCCUGUCGGCAGAGAGCACACCCAUGCAGGUGGUGACCCUGCUCAAUGACCUGUACACGUGCUUUGAUGCCGUCAUAGACAACUUCGAUGUGUACAAGGUGGAGACCAUUGGCGACGCCUACAUGGUCGUGUCCGGGCUCCCGGUGCGGAAUGGGCUGCUGCACGCCCGCGAGGUGGCCCGCAUGGCCCUGGCGCUGCUGGACGCGGUACGCUCCUUCCGCAUCCGCCACCGGCCGCAGGAGGAGCUGCGCUUGCGAAUCGGCAUCCACACAGGACCCGUGUGCGCAGGCGUGGUCGGGCUGAAGAUGCCCCGCUACUGCCUCUUCGGAGAUACAGUCAACACCGCCUCCAGGAUGGAGUCUAAUGGGGAAGCCCUGAAGAUCCACUUGUCUUCUGAGACCAAGGCUGUCCUGGAAGAGUUCGGUGGUUUCGAGCUCGAGCUUCGAGGGGACGUAGAAAUGAAGGGCAAAGGCAAAGUGAGGACCUACUGGCUCCUGGGGGAGCGGAGUGGUAGCACUCGAGGCUGAACUGCCCCCCACCUUGGCCUUCCACGCCCCCUUCCCUGCGCCAGAGGUAACAGAGAGGGGCCAGGUCCCGGCUUCACUCACAGCAGCCCCACUGCCAAAGGAUCGGAGUAGUUGUUUGACCAACCCAAGCUUGCUAACCCCAGUGGAGACACCAGACGUGACCUCUGAUGGAGGAGUGGUGUCGGGGAGAACCUGGGAGUUCGUGGGACUGGACCAAAGCACACGGUCAUACCCAGUGGCACACACAGACAAGUGUACCCACUCUCCACCCGGACUCGAGCCAGGCCAGGGGGUGGACUCCACCUUGAGACACUGUGACUUCUAUGGGGACGGGGAAGAGCCACCUUAGAGGUAACAGGAAAAGGGACUAUAGGUGAAUCUAGGGGGUGAGGGGAGUCCACAUCUAGGUCCAGCCCACGUGGGCCACAAACACCCCCCCCACACCCUCCCCAGCAUUGGGUACCGUGCACAGUGGAGGGGGGAGCGGCAUGCCUUGUUUCUCCUAUGAGCAGAGACCAUUAACAUCUUUAUUCCAGUGAAUGUCUCUGGAAGGGCAGCCAGUGGGUGGCCAGAAAACAUACCAUGCUCCCGCCCUCUGCUCCGCAUAAGAUGCUUCCUGGGCUGGGGACUGGUAUCUUCAUGCCAGCCUGUAAAUUACCCCAGCAGUGCUGACACUUUUGGUCUAAGGACCUGUUUACACCCUUAAGAAUUACUGAGGGCUCCAAAGAGGUUUUAUGUGGAUUCAAUCCAUCCAUAUAUACUAUAUUAGAAAUGAAAACAAGUCCUUAUUAACUCAUUUAAAUAAUAAACCAAUCACA